GGGCGGAGCUUCACUCGAUAACAGGCCAAAAGACUUUUUCAGGGCCGCGCGAGUUGUGGGGGGAUCGCCUGGCCGGGUCCUCGGGAGCAAAGGUGAGAGGUAAAGCAGGGAGCCGUUCGAGAUCGCUGCUCCUUGGAAAGAGGGCGUUGGAGUUCCAUUAAGUUCCUUAUGUCUUCCCCUGAAAUUGCUUCCCUCUCAUGGGGGCAAAUGAAAGUACACGGCUCUACUAAAAUCUAUAAGGACUGCAAAGUGUGGCCAGGGGGAAGUCGGGCUUGGGAUUGGAGAGAAACAGGAACUGAGCAUUCUCCUGGUGUGCAGCCUGCAGAUGUGGAGGAAGUUGUCGAGAAGGGUGUGCAGAUCCUUGUCAUUGGCCGAGGGAUGAGUGAGGCCUUGAAGGUACCCCCAUCAACUGUGGAAUACCUCAAGAAAAAAGGCAUUGAUGUGCGGGUCCUCCAGACAGAGAAGGCAGUGAAGGAGUAUAAUGCCUUGGUUACCCAAGGCAUCAGGGUGGGAGGGGUCUUCCAUUCCACCUGCUGAUGGAGCCUUAAGAGAAUAAAUCACUAAGCAAUGAUG